AUGAUAUUUAAUUUGGUAUUCUUCUACUACGCAUACGGAGUAUCAAUAAACUUAUUCAGAAAAUAACAACUAGAUUAUGCUAACAUGUCAAAUUUUGACAACUUACUCUUCUAUGGUAUAAUAGAGAUAGGGACCCCACCCCAAUUAAUUUCUGUCGCUUUUGAUACUGGAUCUAGUAUAUUAUGGGUGCCUUCCGUUAAAUGUAAAAAUUGCUAGUAGACCAUCACGUUUUCACCUGAUGAAUCAGAAACAUUGAAAUAAACACAUUAAACAAUAACAAUUCAAUACGCCAAUUCAGAAGUCUUUGGUUUUUUAGUCGAGGAUUAUGUGGGUUUGCAAGGGUCAAAUUUUCUUUCUUUUAUGCCUUUCUUAUUAGUCACCAAUUAAGAGAAUUUUUAUGGAAAUUAAACUUAAGGAAUUAUGGGGUUAAAUAAUGAAAUUUCAACUCAAAAUAUAUUCGAUGUUGCUUCUUAGCAAGGCCUAUUGAAUAAUUCAGUAUUCGUCAUGCAAAUAAACCAAGAACCACAACAAUCAAGAAUUUACUACAAUAUUUCAAAUUAAAAACUUAAUAAUGGUACAUUUUGGAUAAAUUCAAUCAGUAAGCAAUAUUGGAGCAUUCCAAUUGAUUAAGUUUAAGUAAAAGAUUAAGUAAAGAAAUUGAUUAAAUAUAAUUGCGGCAUAGUGGAUUCUGGAACUUCUGGCUUGUUUCUGGCUGAAGACUUGUUUUAACUUGUUAUGGAUUCAUUGCUUAAAGUAUGCAAAAAGUACCUUCUUAUUGUACUUUGUCCUUGCUAUCCAAAUGAAUACGAAUAAUAAUAUAUUCCAGAUAUAGUCUUUUUUUCUAAUGGAAAGAAAUUUACCAUCUCUUACUAAAGCUAUAUAUAUUACCAAAGCAUGGAGAAUGGCUAUUGCUAAAUAACUCUGAGAAGUAUGAAUAUGUUGGAUGGUUUGCUUGAUUGCAUGAUCUUUGGAGACCCAUUUCUAUUAAAUUAUAUCAUAAUCUUUGACAAACAAAAAAAUAGAAUGGGAUUUUAAAAUUCAAGUCUAGAACUUUGGGAUGUUGCGCCUUAGAUCUCUAAUGAUUAUCCUCUUCAAGUCGUUGGGUUAACUUGGUUUUCAUUAACUGCUUAUUUCUUAAUAUUAGGAGUUCUUUUCUACUACAAUAAUUUGAUGUUUAAAGUAGACUAGGUUGAAGAUUAAAAUACUUCUGAAUAAGAGUUACCAAAUGAAAACACUUCUUUACAAGCAGCUCUAGUCAAAAAGUGA